GCCAUGGAGCAAGCUGCCUUACUCUUCAAACUCCGGUCGGCAAUUUCUGAGAACCAUUAAUUGAUCCAACAAAGAAAAACCAGAUAAAAUGAAUUCCAAAACUCGUAUAUUCUUCGGCUUUCUCCUUGCAGUUGUUCUUCUCAUCUCUUCGGCUGUAGUGGCAGAGACAUCCAACGAUGAGAACAAACUGGAGGCGGCGGCAGAGGGAACAAACCAAGUAGAAAAUGCAGAGUACUACGGAUGCAGAAAGUAUUGUUAUCGCUAUGGCCACCAUGGAUAUCCCACAAGAUACUGUUGCUACCAUCCUGGAGACUCUCCUCACACCAAAACUACUGAUGAAGCCAUCUCUAAACAAGAACCAAACCCGGUACAUGACACAAUGGAUGCCGGACAUGGAGGAGGCCAUAAAGGAGGCGGAACAGGUGGCAAGGGAGGCGGAGGCAGCGGAGGUGGAAAGGGAGGAGGUGGCAGUGGAGGUGGAAAGGGAGGCAGCAGUGGUGGAGGUGGUGGUGGCGGCAAGGGUGGAGGAGGUGGUGGUAGUACAGGUGGCAAGGGAGGAGGUGGCAGUGGAGGUGGAAAGGGAGGCAGCAGCGGUGGAGGUGGCGGUGGCGGUGGGGGCAAGGGUGGAGGUAGUGGCGGUGGCAAGGGUGGAGGUGGUAGUGGUAGUGGUAGUACCGGUGGCAAGGGAGGCGGAGGCAGCGGAGGUGGAAAGGGAGGCAGCAGCGGUGGAGGUGGAGGUGGUGGUGGUGGUGGCAGUGGCAAGGGUGGAGGAGGAGGAGGAGGAGGUGGUGGUGGAUCAGGAAACAAUAUUAAUUGAGUUAAUAAUAGAGGGACAUGAAGUAGUAGUGGCUGUGGAGGUGGCAAGUCAUGAAUCCAAGCCGUAAAAGUAGUAGAGCCUGAAAAUAUGCACCUAGCUAUAUAUGGCUCGAGUAAAAACGCGUAUAUAUAAAUUACAUCAUGUAUAUGCAGGAGUUUGAAGAGUUGAUAAAUAAAUUGCAUGCAUGCAGUACCCCCAACGGGUUUUAUAUUACAAAACAUGCAUGCAUGCAUGCCUGCUGCUUUCCUUUAGGCCGAUCAUGAUCAUCUAAAGUACUCAACAGUACCUGUACGUAGCAUAUAUGUGUGAACAUGUAAAAUCAUCAUGUCAUGACAAUGAAUAAUAAUAAAUUUUGUGUCUUCAA